CACUGUAAGUGGGCUGUCAAGUGGGGGGGGGUGGAAAAGGAGCUAUGCACUGAACGCAACAGCUUGGAUGCACGAGCGUCAUUGGAGGGCGCAUCCAGGAAGGCUGCAGUGACCAGCGCAGCUGAGUUUGCUGGUAAUGGCUUUCAUACUUCGCUGCCAAGUCAUUGUUUGACCGCCUCUGGCUCUCUUCCACCCUUCACGUGGUUGUGCGGAAAGAGCCCUUCGAGUAAGUCGGUCGACUGGCAUACGCAGCACGUGGCCAAGUCAGCUCAACCUAUGCAGUGUUAUCAGUUCAUCCAGCUAGUUAUCUUGAAGCAAAUCGGUUUGAUUGCGACUGUUCGCAGCCUGAGUGUCGCUGUGAAAUUUAGUUUUCAGCGUCUCCUAUGGGCACGUCGAUCUCUCCUCUACCCUCCCUUCCGCCGUCAUCAGCCCUGUUCUAACACCAGAAGAAAGACUACUAACUGUGCUAGUACAUCUCCUGAAACUGGGCUUCGUUUUGUCCCGGAGAAGCCCAUCUGGCGACGAUUCGACGUGAGCGUAGCAGCCGAAACAGAGGAAGACAAAAGUGUUCAGGGUCUCCAAAACUCCGGUGUUCAAAUAGCCUGUGAAGAAAGCCUUGUCGAUCUGGAAUAUGCAGACGACAUCGUUCUCGUGUUCGAAGAGGAGCAGAAGGCGCAAGUAUUCUUGGAUAAACUGACUAAAGGCAUCCCGUCCUUUGCCUGUGAAGAAAACCUUGUCGAUCUGGAAUAUGCAGAUGACAUCGUUCUCAUGUACGAAGAGGUGGAGAAGGCGCAAGUAUUCUUGGAUGAACUGACCAAGGUCAUUCUACUCUGCACCUACAAAGUUGUGACGGAUGAGGUGAAUUUACGAAUCUGCAAGGCUUGGGCCACGUUUGCUAAUUUAAGACAAUUAUGGUGUGAAAGUGCUGUAUCCCGGAAUCUCAAGGAUUCAGAAAACUCCGACAUCUUUCACAUACCUCGCAGUUCGCUGCCCCCUCGUGUCCAAUUGGAUUUGAACACGAUCAAGCUCUUGGAACGUCUCUCAUUGACGGACUUUGGCACGGAGAAAUGUCUGGAUAUUUUGGAAGAAGCGAUUCGCUACGCUGAUCCUCUUUUGACAGACAUUGCUUUCCAAGGUACAACGAAAAACGGACGGCUGUCACGAGCUACCGUAGCCCCUAUGUACAGUCUUUUAGAAGCAAUGGAUCCUAACUACAGCUGCCCACUGGAUGAUGAUGUACCAACUGUCGACCCUAGGUUGGCGGAGUGCAUUGUGAAUGGUGCUCCUGUCAUCUGGGAGGGUUAUUUUGUAUCCCCACCGGGAAAUGUUCCGAUUGAACCAAAAGGAAUUGAAAGACGAAAGAGCGGGGUCCGCAAAUGAUAUCACUCGCACCAAGCUCUUAGCUAAUGUAACUUUGUGAAUAAAACGUAAAAUACAUGUGGCACAUUUUCACUUUUAUACAUGAAAAUCGUACGUUUAAGGACAGCGGUUUACGAAGUACUUCGCACCAUUCAUUCCUC